ACUCCCGCACGCCGCCAUAACCGACUGUGACCGGAAGGGGAGGAACCCAGGGCCUUCCCAGGCAUCCCCAGCACCUGCCGCGGUAACGACAUGCAGGCGGCCCUGGAAGUGACAGCGCGCUACUGCAGCCGGGAGCUGGAGCAGUAUGGCCAGUGCGUGGCUGCCAAGCCGCAGUCGUGGCAGCGGGACUGCUACCACCUCAAGAUGAGCAUCGCCCAGUGCACUUCCUCCCACCCUAUCAUUCGUCAGAUCCGUCAGGACUGUGCCGAACCUUUUGAAGCCUUUGAGCUGUGUCUCCGACAGAAUGAAGCUGCCGUGGGCAAUUGCUCCGAGCAUGUGCGGCAAUUCCUGCAGUGUGCGGAACGGGUGCAGCCGCCGGCAGAGCCAAACCGUCUCCAGGCGCAGUGAGCAUUUAUUUUUCUUGGGCCAUGGAAACAUUGAGCAUAUGUGAACAUGGGAUUUUCUCUGGAGAGCCGUUGGACAGAGCUUAGUCACUGAUGGCUGACCCGAAGGUGCUGAGCUGAUACCCCACCAACCAAAUAAAGACACAUUUGUACAGAGCCCUAGGUUCAAAAGCUUCUCUACCUUGGCCUGAGGGUAGUGAACUUCUCUGCUCUAGGGUAAAGGCGUGAGAAAGGACAAACAGGUCUUGUUUUUUAAUU